ACAGGGAAAAACUAUCCCUCUAGCUGAUAUACUGUAGCUGCUCCACACACACUGCUAGACACAGACAGAGAGAGCAGGAGAGAGGUAGAGGUAGAGACAGAGGAAGAGACAGCUGUGGAGUGAGAUACACAGAACUGCAAGGAGAGAGCAAUAGAGAGAUAGAGUUUAACAGAGAGUUAGAGAGACGGAAAAGAGGCCCCUCCACUCACCCAUCGUCUUACCCUCGACCCUUGUCUCCCUUCUUACGACCACCUGAGGCAGAGACACACAGCUCUACCAGCGCAGGGGGGAGAGGACUGGACACACACUAACACACACUCAUUUUCUCUCUGCUGAAAGAAGACAGGAAUACACACUUUCUUUUUGUUUUCUGUCUCCGCUUCUACUCUCGUUCUUGGACAGGAAAAAAGGAUUCCAGUUUGUUUCUUCAGCACAAAGACUUUUCCUUUAUCCUCCAGAAGUCCUGAGUCACGUUGGGCCUCCUUUCUUUCUCCCUCUGAGAGCUCAGAGCAACAUGGCACAGGGACAAAAGAACCACAGCCACAGCAGGCAGCAGCGGAGGGGACCACUACUCACUAACCCCUUCUCCACCGUGGCACUAUCCCUCUCACUGUCCCUCCUCCUCCUCCUCCUCACCUCCCCCGCCUCGGCCGCUGAUGAAAACGACUACUACAGCUGGCAGUCGGACAACUUCCACAACGGUCGCUUCUACACCAAGGAGCCGCAGUGUGUGGACAUCCCUGCCGAUUUACGCCUCUGCCACAACGUGGGCUACAAGAAGAUGCGCCUGCCCAACCUGCUGGACCAUGAGACCAUGCCCGAGGUCAAACAGCAGGCGGGAAGCUGGGUGCCGCUCCUCGCCAAGCGAUGCCAUGCGGAUACACAGGUGUUCCUGUGUUCCCUGUUUGCCCCUGUGUGCCUGGACAGGCCCAUCUACCCGUGUCGUUCGCUGUGUGAGGCCGUGAGGGACAGCUGUGCCCCUGUUAUGGAGGCAUACGGGUUUCCCUGGCCGGAGAUGUUGACCUGCGAUAAGUUUCCUAUUGAUAAUGAUCUGUGUAUCCCCAUACAGUUUGCUGGGAACCAGGCCACCCCAGCGCCAGCAUCUAAAGUCUGUCCUCCGUGUGAUAACCAACUGAAAGCUGACAAUAUCAUGGAGCAUUACUGUGCCAGCGACUUUGGUAAGUGCUACACAC